UGUUUUUUUCCGAGAAGCUCUUGUCACUGUGAACAAUAACAUGGAGACCUGGGUGAACGGGCGCUCAGGGCAGCUCCCGGCGAACGUCUCCGAUGCCGUGUCUGUGAGCGAGUCUCAGGGCGGCGUGGCCGUGGUCCAGGCCUCGGGGAUGCAAGUUCUGUUCAGCCCCAGUGGGGAGGUGACGCUGAGAGUGGGCGAGAGCCUGGCUAACAAGCUGUGCGCACCCUGCGGGAACUUCAAUGGCGACGUCUCCGACGACCUGCAGCUGCCCAGCGGGCAAAUCGUGGGGAACAUCGCCGAGAUCAUCGACGCCUGGAAGGCCAGAGACUUUUUAGGAUGCCACGCUUCUAACAUCGUGUGAGCUGACCUGGGAGCUCUGUUGGUCCCUGCACAUUAGACGGCGCCAGCAUGGGUUUGGCCCAGGAAUUCCCACUACACAGAGUGCUGGAGGCAGCUGGGACUCACCAGGCCAUGCGUGUGGCUGAAACCCUGGGCUGAUGUGUACAGAGCUGUGUGAGGGAACUGGGUGUGCCACUUUUCCAGCUUUGGAUAUCUCAGCCUAGACACACACACACACACGCACGCACACACUCACGCAAACAUGCAUUGUAUAGAGCUAGCUAUAAGGUUAGAAUCACAGAAUAUCAGGGUUGGAAGGGACCUCAGGAGGUAUCUAGUCCAACCCCCUGCUCAAAGCAGGACCAAUUCCCAACUAAAUCAUCCCAGCCGGGGCUUUAUCAAGCCGCACCUUAAAAAAUAUUGAAUUAUCAAAAGUAUCCAAAGGAAUUAGGCACUAGAGCUGGUUGAAAUUUUUUGGCCAAAACUGCAGAAUUGAUAACACCAAAAUGUUCCACAAAU